CGUGAGCAGGGCGCCGAGGGCCCGGCCGCGCCCCCCGCCCCGGGCGCCCGCAAAGACCCCCUCAGCCGCAAGGCCGACAUGCUGGUGCGGUUCCUGCUGGAGAAGCACGCCAGCAAGGAGCCCAUCACGCGGGCCGCGCUGCUGAAGAUCGUCAGCAGGAAGUACGAGGCGCACUCGGCCGAGAUCCUCAGGCGCACCUCGGAGCGCCUGCAGCUGCUCUUUGGCCUCGAGCUCCGGGAGGGCGACGCCGGCGGCCGGGCCUACGCGCUGGUCAGCAAGCCGGGCCUGGAGGGCGACGGCGGCGACAAGGGGCCGCCCAAGAGCGGCCUGGUCCUGGCGCUGCUGGGCGUGAUCUUCAUGAAGGGCAACCGCGCCAGCGAGGAGGAGGUGUGGGAGUUCCUCAACGUGCUGGGCGUGUACGCGGGCCGCAGGCACCCGAUUUUCGGGGAGCCCAGGAGGCUCAUCACCCAAGACCUGGUGCGCCAGAAGUACCUGGAGUACCGCCACGUGCCGGGCAGCAAACCUCAGCGCUACGAGUUCUUGUGGGGCCCGAGAGCCCGCGCCCACACCAGCAAGAUGGAGGUGCUGCAGGUGCUGGCCAAGAUCAACGACACGGUGCCCAGCUGCUUCCCCCAGCUGUACCAGGAGGCCCUGCUGGAAGAGGCGGCGCGCGAGAGCUUCCCAGGCGCAGGCAUGGUGGCCUCCGCUGGCGAGGCUGCGGGCCCUUCGGGAGCCGGGGAGCCGUCCCGGGCCCGGGUCGGCCGCGGCCGCCGAAUCUAGCGAGGCGGGAGGGGCGGCUGCUCCUCCUGCUCGGGGCGGAAGGGGGCCCUUGACCUUCCAGGUAGUGCAGAGUCCGGGGGCUGGAGGGAAGUAAGUAGUUCUUCAUAUUUGUUCUAAACUCUUAACUAAUAUCAACACACAUAUCAUUCGUAUUUAUUUAGGUGCUUACAAGUUUUUUCCUAGUAUCCCUUAUUUAGCAGUAGAAUAUAAACUUAAGAAUGGCAUGGCUCUCACCUCCAUGGCUGUUCCUCAAGGGAGAGUUACAGUGUUGUGUGCAAAACAAAGCCACAGACCAUCGAUAUUGCAUUUAUGGUCCAGAAGUAGGUAACAUGGCAUGCAGUAGGGAUUUUCAUGGCUGUGUGAGAAGAGGAAAACGGAAAAGAGCGGGGAAUAGCCAACGGAGAAACACUAGUUAAAUAAAAGGAAAAGGUGUUUAAUUCAUGGUUUACCUUUUCCAUUCAGUCUCUUAGUAAAAAGAAAAGAUGUGUUAUCAAGAA